AAAAACAAUGAACAUAUAGUGCUGUACAACAAGAAAGAUGGCCGCCCCAGCUGUGGUAGUGAAGCGAGCCUGCAAGUACUAUGGCAGGCAGAACAGGUCGGACUACAAACCUGUCCUACAGCACUUGGACAUGACCGUCGAAAAAGGCAUUAUAUACGGUCUUCUGGGAGCUUCUGGCUGUGGUAAGACGACGUUACUAUCAUGUAUCGUCGGAAGACGGAAACUCGAUAGUGGAGAAGUAUGGGUCCUUGGAGGGAAACCGGGGGAGAAAGGGAGCGGGGUGCCUGGGCCCAGAGUUGGUUACAUGCCUCAGGACAUUGCCCUCGUCGGCGAGUUUACUGUACGGGACGCUGUUUACUACUUCGGAAGAAUAUACAGCAUGAAGCAACAGAAGCUGAAGGAACGUUUCGAUUUCCUUUCGAAUCUUCUAGAUCUAUCGGACGGCAGCCGGUUAAUAAAGUCGCUAUCUGGAGGACAACAAAGAAGGGUGUCGCUGGCGGCAGCCUUGGUUCAUGAUCCAGAACUGUUGAUAUUAGAUGAGCCGACUGUUGGCUUGGAUCCAGUAUUAAGGGAACGAAUCUGGGAUUACCUGGCUGGACUGGCGAGAGGUGGUACAACAGUUAUAAUAACAACACACUACAUCGACGAGACGAAACAAGCACAUAAGAUUGGUCUCCUUCGAGACGGUCAGCUUCUAGACGAAGAUUCUCCAGAUGAAAUCCUUCGACGAUACGACUGUGAUACUCUCGAAAACGCUUUUUUGAAAAUGGCGAUGCGACAACAUGAAAAUUCCCACCGACGAAGAUCGACUCUCACCUCUUCACCCGACGUGAUACCCGAGAGUAGUAUAGUGAACGACAACCGUUAUCCCUCCAGAGAAGACUUUAGCGUAGUUACCAGUAGCACAGAUGUAUUAACAACUAAGGAAAAAGAAUAUGCGAAGAAAAUGUCAAGAGGACGAUAUAAAGCGGUUUUUAUUAAGAGUAUACAGCAAUUUUCAAGACAUCCGGGCGGCUUAAUAUUCUCCGUUCUAUUCCCCAUCAUACAAGUGGUGGCGUUCUUCCUCGCGGUAGGACACGAUCCGAGGGACCUCCAUUUGGCUGUUGUUAACGACGAAGCCGCUUACUCUCCAAUGGGUGCGAAUAUUUGUAGUUAUGGUAAUGUAACAAUCGUGAAGCAGAGGGAAGACGAGAUCUGCGAACAGUACAUGUCGAGUUGCUGGUUCCUCGAGGAAAUGGAGAAACAAAAAUUAUACCCGACGAUAUAUAACUCGACGACAGAAGCUAAGGUCGCGGUAACCAAACGUAGCGUGUAUGGCGCGCUGUACUUCCCGAGGAACUUCAGUGACGCGCUCACCAUUCGAGUGCAAGAUGGCGACGUGGACGAUGACGUCGUGGACGACAGCACCAUCAGUGUCUGGAUUGAUCUUAGCGACUACCAGAUCUCGCAGUUUGUGAAGAUGAAACUUCUCAAAGCUUACGAAACCUUCGCGAGACGCAGUAUGAAAGCUUGUGAGAAAAAUGAAGACCUUGUGACGAUUCCCGUUAAAUUCGAAGAGCCGAUAUACGGAUCAAUGGAGACUGAAAUGGUUGCAUUCAUGGCUCCUGGCAUUAUGGUCACAAUCGUGUACUUCCUGGCGGCCAUCAUCACGUCGACGCUGAUGAUCACGGACCGGCUGGAGGGCGUGUGGGAGCGCAGCGCGGUGGCCGGCGUCCGGCCCAGGGAGAUGCUGCACGUGCACAUCCUGCUGCAGUCCUUCGUCAUCCUGCUGCAGACGGUGGAGAUGAUGCUGGUGGCGUUCGUGGGCUACCGGCUGCCCAUCCGCGGCUCGCUGUGGACGUGCGGCGCGCUGCUGUUCCUGCAGGGGCUGGGCGGCAUGUGCUACGGCUUCCUGCUGUCCGUGCUCUGCUCCAGCUACACGCUGUCCUUCUACAUCGCUACCGGCAGCUUCUACCCCAUGAUACUGCUGUGCGGAAUUAUGUGGCCAAUUGAAGGAAUGCCGGAAGUCCUCCGAAUCGUGUCCUAUGGCCUCCCUUUCACUCUACCCGCUAUAUCCUUACGAGAUCUGAUGGAGAAGGGUUCACCCAUCACACAUCCUAGCAUCUACAUUGGGUUUAUCAUCAGCGUCGCGUGGAUAAUUGGUGCUUUAAUACUUUGCUUUCUACGAUUAAAGUAUAGAAAAACGUAGUCAAUAAUAGGUCCAAAUGAAUUUUUUAACCUGGAGCUUCUAGAGACCCUUUUUGAAAUAAAAUUUCUACAUUUUCACAUUUUUCUAUGUCUAAUUAAUUGAAAGGUAUUUUUCAUUUAGAUGUAACUUAAUUAUGGAUUAACCACCGCCUAAUUAAGUUAAAUAAAAUUAAAAUAUAUUUCUAGAUUUGCUCAAUAUUGUACAUAAACUUAGGAAUUAAUACGAUUUUUUUUUUGAGAAUCAUUCGUCAUCUAGAUUCAAUUUGAGGUAGCGUGCGCUGCAGUAUUCCACAAACAAUUUAACAUAAAUAUUAUAAAACUGCCCUAAUUUGAAUUAUAAUGCAAGAUAUUGCAGAAGGCCAUUCACAAAAUUCUUAUUACGCGAUAACCUGAUGAUAUUUAGUUAACUCAUCGCUUCGUAGUGCACGCUGACUCUUGUACAGUUUUAUAAAGUUUUGUGGAGGGGGGGGGGGGGGGGAAUAGCGAUUGUAAUUUUAUUAUCGCCCAAUGUCUAUUGUUAUGACCCAAUAGAUGGCGCUGUGGACAAACUUUCGCUUUGGUUUAGGUAAAUCGAGCUCAGAGCUCUGUCGGGUAGCUGUACAUAGCUUAUGUUAGCUUUAUGUGGUAUCAUAGCAUUAAUACGGUUAAGUAUGUCUAGAUAAUAAGUAAUAGGCUGUCUUGAAAUCCAAAACUUUGUGAUUUUGUUUAUUAAGUAUAAUAAUACGAUUUUAUUUUAUACAUACAUUUUGUAAAAUAAAGGUGCCUUUUAUACA